UUAAUAGUCGAAAUAACCAUUGCAGUAAAAACUCUUAUAAAGACAACAUCAUGUAUCUAUUUCAUAUAUUUAUAUGUGUCGUCUAUUUUAAUUUUGUUAGGAGUUUAUCUGAAGUUGAUCAAUCUUGCAUAAAUUCAUACAAGAGUAAUUUAGAUAAUAGUUUUUUAAUCGGAACAUGGUACAGUGUAUGCGAAUUCGCCCCAAGAUUGGAUUUACCUUCUUCAAACUAUUGCAGAGAAACUGUCAUCAAGAAUGCCACAGACUCAGAUAAACAGAGGUACAGAGAAGGUUACAGAUUACAAAAUCCUUUUAACAUAGACGACAAUCCAGUCAUAGCUGAAGCAUUUAUAUACAAAGAGAUGAUUAUGGGUAAUGCAGAAGCGAAAUUCGUCGUAUACGAUCCUAAGAAUUAUUUCUAUAAGGAAGAUUUGUAUGGAGUGAGGGUAUUCAGAAAAGUGAGUGAAGAUUACAUGUUGGUACAUGAAUGUAGGUGGCGUGGUAACUUCAAAUCGUUGCUAUCGCGGAAACGCAACAUCACCAAACAAGAAUUGAACAGAGUCAUUGCGACUAUCAAUGACGUAAAAAAUAUGGAGAAGAGAAGAUUUUGUACGGAAGACAUUUUUUUUUGAUAUCCAUACGUAUACGUAAAUAAAUUGUGAAUAAGUCAA